AUGAACGAAAGUUCGAAACGAGGGCUUAACUGUCUCUUACAUUUAAUCCAUGAAAUUGACCUUUCCGUGAAGAGGCAGAAAUUAAAUAAUAAGACGAGAAGACCUUAUGUAGCUUAA